AGUUGGUUCUGGGUACGGGUUAGCGGUCCUCAGAGAAAUACAUCCGCCCCUCUCCAGCCUCGCGUAAUGACGUCAGCAAAGGCCUGCGCUGGUUUUUCCAAGAUGGCGCCACGCAAGGGGUAUCGUUGACGGCGCGAGGCGGUUGGGGUUUCGAGGUUUUGGAGUCACUUUGUGGAAAGCAACACCUUGAAAAUCUUUUGGAUGGGAAUUAUACCAUAUGAAUAAAUGAAGGAAAACAAAGAAAACUCCAGCCCUUCUGUAGCUUCGGCAAAUCCAGACCACACAAAGCCAUGCUGGUACUGGGAUAAGAAAGAUUUGGCUCAUACACCAUCACAGUUAGAAGGACUUGAUCCAGCCACCGAGGCAAGAUACCGCAGAGAAGGUGCCCGGUUCAUAUUCGAUGUAGGAACCCGUUUGGGAUUACAUUAUGAUACAUUGGCAACUGGGAUAAUAUACUUUCACCGAUUUUAUAUGUUCCAUUCCUUCAAACAGUUCCCAAGAUAUGUGACUGGAGCUUGCUGUCUCUUUCUAGCUGGAAAGGUUGAAGAAACACCCAAAAAAUGUAAAGAUAUCAUCAAAACAGCUCGUAGUUUACUAAGCGAUGUGCAGUUUGGUCAAUUUGGAGAUGAUCCAAAGCAAAGAAAUAACCCACUGCACAGGGGAAGCAGUGAAACUGGCCACACAGAGUGCAGCCAUAUGCAUACAGAAGAAGUUAUGGUUUUAGAAAGAAUCUUACUGCAGACAAUAAAAUUUGACCUGCAAGUGGAACAUCCUUACCAAUUUCUGCUAAAAUAUGCUAAGCAACUCAAAGGUGAUAAGAACAAAAUUCAGAAACUUGUUCAGAUGGCAUGGACAUUUGUAAACGACAGUCUCUGCACUACCCUGUCACUGCAGUGGGAACCUGAAAUUAUAGCUGUUGCAGUGAUGUACCUGGCUGGCCGCUUGUGCAAGUUUGAGAUCCAGGAAUGGACAUCAAAGCCAAUGUACAGAAGGUGGUGGGAACAGUUUGUGCAAGAUGUACCUGUUGAUGUCCUGGAAGACAUCUGUCACCAGAUCCUGGAUCUGUACUCGCAGGGGAAGCAGCAGAUGCCUCAUCAUACCCCUCAUCAGUUGCAGCAGCCUCCGUCCCUUCAGUCUACGCCUCAGCCGCCACCACCUCAGCCCUCUCAGCCCUCUCAGAGCUCAGAGCCACCACAACCCCAACAGCCUAAAGAACCCCCACAGGCGGCAGGGCAGCAGCAACAGCCACCACAGCCGCCACAAAGUCAGCCCUCUAAAAAACCAUCUCCUCAGUCAAGUCCUCCCAGGCAGACAAAACGACCAGCGGCAAUAUCACCAAAGGAGGAAACGAAGACUGCAGAAGCACCUCCUUCUAAGGUUGCUAAAAUCGAACCUGCUCAUCCCCCUGUACCCCCUGUGCAUCCACCAUCUGAGCACAAGCCUCCUCUGACAACUACAGUUUCCAUGGGAGGUGAUCAGACUUCUACAGUGGAUUCUGUGGACAUGGCAAAAGUCCAGAUCGCACCUCCCUCUCAUCCAGCUCCUGUACAUCAGCCACCACCGAUGCCUCACCGCCCGCCACCUCCACCCCCACCAUCAAGUUACAUAACUGGCAUGUCCACUACAAAUUCUUAUAUGUCAGGAGAGGGAUAUCAGAGUCUUCAAUCAAUGAUGAAGACAGAAGCACCAACCUAUGGAGCACUACCGCCCACCUAUGGACCUCCAACUCACUUGCCAUAUCAUCCUCAUGUGUACCCCCCCAAUCCCCCACCACCUGUUCCUCCUCCACCACCCACAUCAUUUCCACCACCAAGUAUUCCUCCUCCUACCCCAGGGUACCCUCCGCCACCUACCUACAAUCCUAAUUUUCCCCCACCGCGGCUACCUCCCUCUCAUGCUGUCCCACCUCACCCUCCUCCAGGACUGGGAAUGCCACCUGCAAGUUAUCCCCCACCCACAGUGCCCCCUGGGGGACAACCACCAGUACCACCUCCAAUACCACCACCUGGCAUGCCACCUGUUGCAGGACUUGGGCGUGCUACUUGGAUGAGAUAGCAGUAGUAUGUACAUCAGAUUGUCUUUGAUUUUGGGAAAUGGUUUAAGAGUAAAGACAGCUGGGAACAUAGUGUGUAUAAAGUAGAUACUGUUGUAUGAAAAUGUAGAAGGCAAUGACUUAGAAUCUUUACUGGUCUGCUUACAGUUUAAUCAGCAGAGAGCAAUACAGGCUUUUAGUUUCCAUACGGUAAAGCAAAUUAAAAUCCAAGUUCUAAGUUUAUUGUAGCACUGGAUUACUUUGCACUAGUAAAAUGUUUUAAGAGCCAUAUUGGCUAAAUUAUAUUGGUAAAAAGAAAAUUUGCUCCUAGAAAUCAGUGCCUACUUUUUGAGUGUCAGGAUGAAGGUUAUCAUUUCAUCUAAAAGAGCACCUUUCUGGUUUUCAUUAUGUGAUGUAACAUUCCAACCACACUUUGUUCUAAGUAACAGAGCCGAAUUUAUUUAAUAUAGUUACACUAGUACAGCAUUUACAGCCUAUAACAGAGGAACAUCUGUUGGUGUCUGCCUUUCUGCCAUUUUUGUUUUAGAAUGUACUAGGCUCUUGACUUGUAUGUUUGUUUAAACCUAUGUGCAAAUUUCUGUACAUAAAUAUAUAUUUUCUAAGUGUGAAAGUCUGAAUGUAAUGGCAUAUGGUGAUUUACAACCUGUUUUGUUUUUGUCUUUUUAAGGCUGACUUUGUUGACAUGUACCUGAAUAAAUCUGGUUCUGAAAACCCUUA